GUGCUAUGGCUCUACAUGGCCUUUGCAGGCCCGGAACGUGCUAAUCUGGGCCCCAAGCAGGAGCAGAGCGUCAGGCUCGAGUCAGGCACUCCUCUGACAGGGAGAGCUCAGCUGCACCAGGCCUGGCACCUUGCUCAGCAGCAGGCGAAACCCAUCUGGAAUUUAGAGAAGAAGUAUGUGAGUGCUUUCCAGGGUCGCAGCCUGCUGCCCUCAGGGAUCCCUCUGCAGCAAUCCUGCUUCUUGUGCCCGCCGUCACUAUGCCACGCGCACCCUGGUGACAACACCCUCCCGAGCCUGCCCUCGGCCCAGCCCUGCCUGGACCUGGGCAGGAGCACUCUGCUCUACCGACGCUCCUGCCUCAGAACCAAGCCCCAUGGGUUUCCUUUCCGAAGCCCUCCAGACACCGGCUCUGCCACGGGAAGGGUGAUGUCUUCCUUGCUGAUGGAGCCUUUGCCUGCGCUGGCGGAGGAGUGCCCUGGGACUGGGGGCAAAGGCUCUGCCCUCAGCUCAGGUCAGCAGGCUUCCAGCUCCUAUAGACUCAAUAACAGCUCCUCCUUACGGCCAAGCAGUGCUAAAGUGCCUUUGCUGCAGUCACUGGAGAUCAAGAAGGUGAAAAACACCCACAGCUUCCCUGCCACCUCGUGUCCCCGCUCCAGGGAUGAUGGAGACAGCUCCCCUGGCAGCCUGGUCAACGGAGCAGUGAAAAGCAGCACCCUUGUGCUGGAGCAAACUGCAGUCCCCUCCCUGGCCUUUGUGCCCAGCAGUGCAACCCUCAGGAAGGAUGGGUGCUUGUGGGAGGAUGCUGGGAGGAGAGCGCACAGCCUCAAAGAGAAGGAGCCAGAGAUCAGCCUCCCGGAGGCCACGCAGCAGCUGCCCGAACAGGCUGCCACACGCGGGGGAAGCUCUGGCCUCACGAACAUGGGCAGCCUGUCCAACUGGGACAGCAGGAGGGGGCAACGCUUCAUAGCACAGCUCCCCCCGAAGGAAACCAUCGCCCCACCGAGCUUGGAGCUGGGUAGCCAUCGCCUGAACGGUGACUCGAGCCUUGCAGGCGCUGAUGGUGCUGUCGGCACUGAGCGUGUCAGCGCCCAUCUCUUGGCCCCGCACGCUGCCUCUCCCGACUGCAGCACCGACUGCCGGCUUGUGAGCAGGCUGAGCCCGCGUGGCAGGGACCCGGCGGUGAGAGCAGAGCCUCCACACCUUGCUGCCAUCUCUGAAGUGGCAACUCAGAUGUCCACCAUCCAGCUGGAGAAAGAGGAGAGGCAGGCCCAGGCUGUGCUCCCGGGAAAGCUCGAUGUCAGUGCUGAGCAGUCACCGCUGGAGCUGAGCCAACCCCAGGACGAAGCUGAGGAAGAACUUCCUGAUGGCCUGGACGAGAGCUACAGUCAGGAGGAGGACGAGGACAGUGACUCAGAUGCUUCCUCUGUCGCUGAUGUGUCACCCAGUGGCUCUGCAACUCUUGUAUCCAGGAACUGCAUCAAGUGCCUGGCCCAGCCCGCUGAGGCUCAGGAAACAGUGCUCAAACCAGCUCUUGUCAGCAGUUUAUUCCCUAAUGUGCCUCCAACCAUCUACUUCAGUACUCGAGAUGAGAGAGUGGAGAAGCUGCCUUGGGAGCAGAGGAAGCUGCUGCGAUGGAAAAUGUGCACAGUCACGCCGAACAUAGUGAAGCAAACCGUUGGCAGGUCCCACUUCAGAGUCAGCAAAAAAAGCAAUGACUGGCUGGGUUGCUGGGGCCACCACAUGAAAUCCUCCAGCUUCAGAGCCAUCAGGGAGCACCAGAAGCUAAACCACUUCCCUGGUUCAUUUCAAAUUGGGAGAAAGGACCGUCUGUGGCGCAACCUGUUGAAGAUGCAGGCUCGCUGUGGGAAGAAGGAAUUUAACUUCUUCCCGCAGUCCUUCAUCCUGCCCCAGGACAUCAAAUUACUCAGGAAAGCAUGGGAGGAAGGAGCUAGCUGCCAGAAAUGGAUUGUGAAACCACCAGCAUCAGCAAGAGGCAUUGGUAUCCAGGUCAUCCACAAAUGGAGCCAGCUCCCCAAAAGGAGACCACUGCUGGUACAGAGGUAUCUGCACAAACCCUACCUCAUUGGCGGGAAGAAGUUCGACCUGAGGAUCUACGUUUACGUCACUUGCUAUGAUCCCCUCAGGGUCUACCUGUUCAAGGAUGGACUGGUUCGCUUUGCUAGCUGCAAGUACUCCUCCUCGAUGAAGAGCCUCAGCAACAAGUUCAUGCACUUGACCAACUACAGCGUGAACAAGAAGAACACGGAGUACAAGUCCAACUCGGAUGAGACUGCUUGUCAGGGACACAAAUGGGCACUCAAAGCUCUCUGGAGUUACCUGACCCAGAAGGGAGUUAAUAGUGAGGCCAUCUGGGAGAAGAUUAAGGACAUCGUUAUCAAAACCAUCAUUGCAUCUGAGCCCUACGUGAACAGCCUGGUGAAGAUGUAUGUGCGGCGGCCGUAUUGUUGCCAUGAACUGUUCGGGUUUGACAUCAUGCUGGAUGAAAACCUCAAGCCCUGGAUCUUAGAGGUCAACAUUUCCCCAAGCCUCCACUCCAACUCCCCGCUGGAUGUGAGCAUCAAGGGACAGAUGAUCCGGGACCUCCUCAACCUCGCUGGCUUCGUUCUGCCCAGCACAGACAGUGGGGCCUCAAGGCCACAGACAAGAAGUGGCUCUACCUGCAGUCUGGGCAGUGCUUUGAAGGAGAAGCCCAAGUCAGCAUCUGAGCAUUUCAUAGCAGAGAAGAUGAAGAAGGCCUAUUACUUGACGCAGAAGAUACCUGACCAGGAUUUUUAUUCUUCUGUCUUGGACAUCCUGACCCCAGAUGACGUUCGCAUCCUGGUGGAGACAGAGGAUGAGUAUUCCCGGCGUGGGCAGUUCGAGCGAGUGUUCCCCACGCACAUCUCCAUGCGGUACCUGCGCUUCUUUGAGCAGCCUCGUUACUUCAACAUCCUGGUGACCCAGUGGGAGCUCAAAUACUACUUGAAUAAACACAAAGGUCUGGAGCUACUGAAGAACUGGUGUGUCAAAGGCUACCACACUGGGGCAGGGACGGAUUUGGCCCAGGCGUGGUCGUUGCCAAAGUCUUUCUUCCUCCAGAAGACUGGUGUUCAAUCAAAUGGCUUCAGCAAACUGGAACUGGGCAGACUGGGCACACUCCUCCCUUCAGCUGGUGGGGACCUCAGGAGAUGCCUGGAGCCCAGCCCUACUCAGAGCUUACCUCUCAACAAGUGCACUGGUGGAGCUGACCAGAAGCCUGCUGCCUGUCUCUCGGACACCGCCCUGGUGAUGUGA